AUGUCUUCGGAAUCUUCUUCCUACCCACCCCCCACAUCUAUUCCUCCUCGCACAAGCUCAGCUGGGCGCCUAUCCAUGAACGGGGACUCUCUUCAGACGAACAUGGACACGUCGCGCCGACAUACCCGCAACGUGUCCAGCUUCGAUGGGACGAAACAUCGAGACGGUCAAUGGUCUCCGGAGAACGAACGGAUCUUGAUGGGGCCCUAUGACUACAUGCUACAACAUCCAGGCAAGGACAUUCGACGGCAGCUCAUAAACGCCUUUAAUGUGUGGCUGAAGGUUCCCCCGGAGAGUCUCGUGAUCAUCAACAAAGUGGUGGCCAUGCUUCACACGGCUUCGUUACUAAUCGACGAUGUCGAAGACAACUCCGUACUCCGGCGUGGAAUCCCCGUGGCUCACAACAUCUUCGGCACAGCGCAGACCAUCAACUCGGCGAACUACGUGUACUUUCUGGCUCUCCAAGAGGUUCAAAAACUGAACAAUCCGACAGCGAUCAACAUCUACGUUCAGGAACUGCUCAAUCUACACCGUGGUCAAGGGAUGGAUCUCUUUUGGCGAGACACGCUCACUUGCCCCAGCGAGGAGGAAUACCUAGAGAUGGUCGGGAACAAAACCGGGGGUCUAUUUCGGCUAGCGGUGAAACUUAUGCAGGCUGAAAGUAGCACCGGGAAAGACUGUGUUAGCCUGGUCAACGUGCUGGGAUUGAUCUUCCAGAUCUGUGAUGACUACUUGAACCUGUCCAACACAACAUACACCAAACAUAAAGGUCUCUGUGAGGAUCUUACAGAAGGGAAGUUUUCAUUCCCCAUCAUACACAGCAUUCGUUCGAACCCCAAAAACCACCAACUUAUCAACAUUCUCAAGCAGCGUACAAAGGACGAGGAGGUCAAGUUGUAUGCGAUGAGCUAUAUGGAGAGCACCGGCAGCUUCACACAUACACAAGAGGUCGUUCGGGAUUUGCUCCAGAAGGCGUUAAAGUUGAUAGACGAUAUCGAGGCCAGUGGGGCUGGCAAGAAUCCCGAGGAUCGCGAUGAUGGCGCCAUGGUACGAUCGAUCCUAGACAAGAUCACUGAGGCGACGUUGAACGCCGAAGGGCCCGACAAAUAA